AUGAGUGGAUUGGAGUCUUCGCAGCGAGAUGUCCGGGCGGGGGCAUCCCCGGUAGCCUCAAACGGGGACAGUUCUGCCUCAUCCACAAAGCCACUGCCGGCUACCAAGGCCGGCGGCGGCAGGAAGCUGCCAGAUUGGCUGGAUCACUUCAAUGCCCGUGAUCUAAAAGUGCUGUUUCGCUGCUCGUUAGCUGCCUGGGUCGCGUCGCUGUUGAUUUUCAUCACGCCGUCGCUAAGCGUCAUUGGUACCGCGACAUUCUUCGCGACUCUGGUGCUAUUUAUGGUGCCUCCGACCGGCAUUGUCUUCAUUUUUCUUCUGGCGACCCUGACGCUCGUUCUUGGCAUGGCAUUUGGCUGGGCCUGGGGUGUCAUCGCCAUGAAGGCUGCCGCAGCUGCUAGACCGGCGGCGGAAACCCAGGCCAGGCUUCAAGCCCUAGGCCAGGCGGCGUCCAACCAGGCUAAUGCCACUGGCCAGCCACUGGCAGCAAUUCAGCAGCAGCUUAUCUAUAAUGGCUGGAUGCUUGACGCGCGUGUAACAGCUGUAUACUAUUCUCUAAUCUGCUUUUUCAUAUAUGCACUGGCUCGUCUCCGGGCAAAAAACCCCAAAUUCAUUCUGCUGCAGAUUUUUGCAACCAUCAUUGUCGAUGUCACCCUGACCAUUGGUCCAUUGCUUCCAUCUUUCAACGGGACAAUCCCCAAGGUUCUGAUUGAACCAGCAGCUAUAGGUAUCGGGCUGGGCUUGGUCUCGCACUUUAUCUUCUUCCCUCGGUCUACGUCCCAUGUUGUAAUCGAUGGCAUGGAGGGGCUCGUACGGCUUCUGAAGGGACCCCUGGAUGCCACGGAGACCUCGCUAUUGAAAGGCGAAGACUUGAAUUUGGCAGAUUUGCACAAGAUCAAAGCGCGGUCUAUUGCUGCUUACAAGGAUUUGACUCCGGCUAUCGGAUUCUUACCAUUGGACUUGUCAGUCGGUUGGUGGGGUGCUGACGACGUCAAGAGCAUGCGAAAGCCACUUCGCCAGGCUUUGCUGAGUAGCUUGUCCCUGUUGGAAGUUCAUAUUGCCCGGCUUGGCGGAUACGCAAAACUGGAGAAACUGCGCCAGCUCACUGAGGACCGAGAUUCCGACUCUGACUCCCAGGCAGCUGGCAAUGAGAAGACGCGCUCGCGCGAGGUUGGUAUGCGCCAGUUGAUGGAAAGCGUUAAUUUGGUUCAAGCACUGAGAAGCCCGGAGCAUGAAUCCAUGCGGUCGGAAACCAUCGAAGUACUGCGCGAGUCCGGCAAGCAUAUUCUCCCGGCGUGUCAGGAGGCUACUCAGGUAGUUGCGGAAUCCUUGAACUCGGUCAACAAACGCUGGUUUGGUCGGCUGUCCAAGGAACAACUCAAUGAAAUGCACGAGCGGGCUCUAUCCGCACUGCAGAAUCUUCAGGCUUUGCGCGCAUCGUUUGCGACGGACACCACCGAGCGACUGAUUCAAACCCAUGGAGAGGUUUUCGACGAGAAGGGCAUGUUGAAGUCUCUCGAUGAGCAUUCGAUUGUCAGGGUUAGGGGUAUCACAAUCGGGAUGAUCUUUGAAGAGCAAGUGCUCGGCGUUGCAGAUGGGUGGGAGCGGGUCCUAGGACAGUUGGUUGCCCUCUUGAAAGAACGCCAGAAGGUCCGGCUGUGGCUUCCCAAGGGCUUGCGAUAUACGGUGAAUUGGGUGCUCCGGAAGGACGCCGUGACACCUGUCCCCGCAGCUCACAACCCAGUUAUCGACCCCGAUGUUGCAGAGGCGCAAACCAAAGCGGCUCAGCAACAUCUUCGCAUCAGCAGAGGAUACCGCGUUAACCGACGAAGCGGUCUCGGACGCGCUAUCAUCGGCACCUAUCAUUGGUUCAUCAACACUGACGGUCUUUAUGCAUUGCGCAUGGUGGCUGUCACUAUUGCACUCGCUAUCCCUGCUGCGAUUCCUCACACUGCGGGCUUCUAUUACCGUGAGAAGGGACUCUGGGCCCUCAUCAUGGGGCAGACCACACUGGUCAUAUACAUGGCUGAUUUCACCUUCUCUCUGCUUUGUCGAGCCGUCGGUACUAUUGUUGGCGGUGUCCUUGGCUUGGUCGCGUGGUACAUCGGAUCCGGUCGUGGUGAAGGAAACCCAUACGGUCUCGCUGCCAUCAUGGCGGCUGUGAUCGUCAUCCUCAUGUGGGGACGUAUAUUCGCCCCUCCUGCGAUGAUGCAAGCUAUGAUGAUGGCUGGUGCGACCUGCAUCUUGAUCGUUGGUUACAGCUUCGAGGAUACACAUAUCCCCGCCUAUGGCAAUCCUGGCUGGGGAUACAGUGUCUUCUGGCGACGACUGACACUUGUUCUCAUCGGAUCCGCCGGCGCACUGAUCGUACAGCUGUUCCCUCGACCACCGUCUGCAUCCCUCCACGUCUGCAAAUCCCUGUCAAACGUCAUUCGCUCACUAUCAGACCACUACGCUCUUCUUCUAUCAUGCUGGGGACAAGGGCGCGAAGAAGGCCUAGCAGCAGAAAAGCUCGCGCUUCACCUCGCGGAAACACUCGCAGGAUUGGACGGGCCAAUCGCAUUACUGCGGUUUGAGUUCUCCAGUUCCCCAUUUGACAGCGACCGUCUCGGUCAGGUGCAAUCGCUGUGUCAAGAACUCAACCAGAACCUCGGUCGUCUUCUUUCCCUAUCUGCUUCACUACCAGAGCAUUUACAAAGCCGCUUGGCUAAUCAGGCCGGUCUCCUCGACCACCACAACAUCGGCGACGUCAUGGCUGUUCUAGGCGUGGUCGAACAAUCACUCAAGACGGGCGAUCCUCUGCCUGAGAUCCUGCCAACCCCAUUGCUCAACCGCUGUCACAACUUCUGGCAGUCGCGUCAUGUCGAUAUCAUGCUGAGCACGGAUUUGAUCCGCGACGAGAAUUAUCGUCGGUUCUGCGUUGCUGUCAGUGCGUACCUCAAGUUCCUGGCUGCUGUGGAUGACCUGGUGCUGGUGAUGAAGGGCACAUUGGGCGAGUCACAUAUCGUCAGUCGUGAUUUGUUGCAGUCGCAACCUGUAUAA